AUGCGAAAGCACAAACACGCCAAUGGUAAAGUGGGAGGCUUGGACGCUGUCUUCCUUGGCGAGGGCGAGGAGCAAGAAUGCCUCCCUGCACCAGAAAGCCGACUCGACAUCGUGUCGGGGGCGAUACUCGAACUCUUUCACCUUCAGUCCUCGUCCAUCCUGUCCGCGAUAUCUCAAGACGGAUCUGCUAUGCUCCGCGGCGGAGAUGCGGCAGGCGACGACGCCGCAGACGAAGGCGCGCGUCCAGCUGUAUUCCGCACUGGCGAAGGCGUUCUCGGCGCAGACAUAGAUCCAUUCACCAAGGCAGCGCUAGGCGACACGGAUCGUCUAGCCUCGCGUUUCGAGCGCACGGACGCGUUCAGAUGA